AUGAUCGUCGGCCCCAAGUUCCUCAGUGUCCUCUCUCUGGCUCUCAUUGCCCUCUUCCUCAGCGCCGGCAGCGCUCAGGCUAGCACCCUUGCCACCAAGCGCCACGCCUUCUGCCGCGUUGACGCCGCCUGCUGGUCUGACCACUACUGUGGCAGCGACUCCAAGUGCGCUCCCAAGCUCCACGACGGCGAAGAGUGCUCUCUCGACAAGGCGUGCUGGUCGGGCAAGUGUGACUCGGAGACGGGCGCCUGCAUCGCUCCCAUCGCCGAGCGCGCCACCCCCGUCGCCGCUGAGCCCGUUGUCAAGCGCUCCGUCGUCGAGAACAAGCCCAUUCAGAAGCGCGCUACCAAGCAGCAGAAGAAGGAUGCUGCUGAGGCCAAGCGUGAGCUCGCCGCCGCCAGGGCCUUGCUCGCAAAGGCCCACCGCAGGGCUAAGGCCGCCUCUGUCAAGUCCGAAAACCUCCACAAGGCCGCUGCCGCCGCUGAGAAGAAGGAGUCGAAGCUGAGGGCCGCCUACCGCAAGGCCUCCGGCGCCAGGAAGGCUUACCUCAAGAUGAGGCUGCAGAGCGCCAUCAAGGCCUCCAAGGCUGCUCAUCACAGGGCUAGCCUUGCGGGAGCCGCCGCCGCCAAGGCUACCAAGAAGGAGGCCAAGGUCGUAGCUACUACCUGGGCCGCCAAGCGCAAGUCCGACACUGCGACUGCCGUCGCCGAGGGCAAGCCCGCGCCUGUGUACGCCCUCCGCGGCAACGGUUCUCCCUGCCUCUCCGGCAGCGAGUGCUCCUCCGGAUUCUGCAACAAGAGCGCCAACGCUUUCACACCGCAUUGUCACGCCAUCGUCGCCGUUAUCACGUUGGACCCACUAGACAUCGUCGUCAGCACCACGGUCAUGCUCGUCAACGCUUUCAAAUUCAGCACCAUCGUAGCUUUGCGCUGCCAGAGCUUGAGGUUGCGACAAGACAGGGUCUUGCGUCGUGAGAUCAUGUCCUCUCGGAGUCGCCAGCCAUCCUUUACUUUUCGUCUCUUCAAUCUUCGUCAUCGCGCAACCACUGAGCAGCAGGGCAAGACAGCAAGGACAAUGGGUCACCUCGAGCAAUUGCCUCUCUCCAACGGCAAGGCGCAAUAUGGUCGCUCAAAUACUUUGGGAGCCAUUGGCCGACGUGGUCGCCUCGUCUUGUGCCUCAUCCUAGCAUUCGCCGCUCUUUGCUGGCUCUCUUCGACUGUCACAAUCGACGUCGAUGAGACUGCAGCGCCCCUCCUCGACAAGGUCGUACCUUCUGCAUCUCAGCGUGAGAAGCUCUGGUCAGACGCAAUGGCUCAAGUCAGGCCAGCACUGGGACGAGUCAGACCGAGCUCAGCACUGCCGGCCCCGUCGAAUGCGCCUGCCCGUCCGCUCGUAUCGACGCCAAAGGGUGAGGUCGCCCAUGCAGCUGCCGUAGCUGCCGCCGCUGCCCCCGUCCACAAGACCAAGCCCAUCGACAAGCCCUCUCUCCGCAUUGCCAUCCUCGAAAACUGGGCCUGCCACGACGAGGUGACGGCGAGCUUCAUGCAGGCUCUCUCACGUACCAAGCACAACGUCAUCUCGUACCUGCGUGACAUCCGUUUCGAGGCCGAGAAGAUCUACGAGAGCUUUGAUUGGAAAUACCCUCCCUUUAUCAUCGACAAUGCCGUCUUCGGCAAAGGCCUUCCGCCGCAAGCCGUCAUCUCAGUCUCGUGCAAGAAUGACGUCGGACGCUUCUCUCACCAGCUCAAUCUCGAUGCCAUGGCUGACCAGGCCACUACCAUGCUCUACUGCGUCAUUCACGACUGCAACGAGUGGGACGCACACGUCCCCGACUGGGAGGGAGACGAGGGCAUCGACGGUCGCCCGAUCAUGCGUCAUUGGGCCGAGCAGGACCGCGUCCGCUUCCUCACCCUGAGCCCGCAUGUUACCGAGUGCGUCAAGUCAAAGACGCUGCCCUACCUGGGCAUUUCCAACGACAGUGUCGUGGCUAAGACGGACAGGCAAAAGGCUCUUGACCUCUCGCACGACUCCAUCUGGCUCGCUGUGCAAGGCAAGCUCGACCCUGGACGUCGUUCUUACACCGACCUCUUCUCGGCCCUCAUUUCACGCAUCCAGGGCGAGAAGACGGCUUUCAUGUCCAAGGUCAAGCUGCUUGUGCUCGGCGCCUCGCCACCCGACAAGAAGGGCAAGGCAUUGUCGUGGCCUGCACCCCUUCGUGGCAAGAUCACUGUUGGCGAGUCGCUUCCGUACCCUCAAUUCUACGACGCUCUCCGCCACGUCGGUGCCCUUCUCCCUUCCUUCUCCAAGCGCUCAUACCUCGAGUCCAAGGCUUCGUCAACCGUAGCCGCCUCUCUCAUCUCGGGUGCGCCUAUGGUGGCGGACCAAGCCAUCCUGGACAAGUACUCUUACCUCACGCGAGAGUGUGUCUGGUUCAGAGAAGAGGCAGAGACGGAGCUCGAGGCUGCCCUACGCGGUAUGAGCGAGGUGUCGAGCGCUCAGGCCAUUACGCAGAAGAAGGCUUGCCUGAAGAGGUUGAAGGACAGGAUCGUCGCACAGAAUGCCGUCGAUCUUGAGAGGUGGAUCGAGGAGGACCUGCGCGAGAGCGGGCUGCUUUAG